AUGUCCAAGCGAUUCCGAAGUCUCUCAAACUCCCCUCCAAUCGACCAGUCUCCGCUCGAGAUCCGGGCAAGAUCCCCUUCUCCAGCAACACCUCAAGGACGCUCCAAACAGCUCCAUCUCCAGGACACGGUCAAUCCCACUGUCGAGGUGAUGCGCUGUUCCUUGCCGCCGCACAGGGAGACAAUCUCGUUUGCUUCGUAUGCGGAUUAUGAGGUUCAUUAUCGGCAAGCGCAUGUGAACCGGUGUGUUGAGUGUGCGAAGAAUUUCCCGACGGAUUUGUUUUUGAAUCUGCACAUUGAGGAAAAUCAUGACUCUUUGAUGAUUGUGAGGAGAGAGCGGGGGGAGAAAACUUACGGCUGUUUCAUUGAGGGCUGCGAACGGAAAUGCUCAACGCCUCGGAAGCGUAGAAUGCACCUAAUAGACAAGCAUAUGUUCCCAAAGUCCUAUAAUUUCUCCAUAGUAAACGAUGGAAUCGACAAGCAAACAUCCUUGCUGCAGCCGAUGAACUCCAGCAAUAGACGUCGACUCUCAAGCGCUCCUACAUCACCAAAAGAAGGACGUCUAAGGAACCGUCAGACCUCCAUAUCUCAGCAAGGGAGUCAACCAGUUCCAAUUUCGCCAACAGGAGGAGCAUCGCAAACACAGAACAAGAAAGAUCUUGAUAAUAUGGAUAUCGCGGAUCUUGAAAAGUCCAUGUCUGCUUUGCGAUUUGUGCCCACGAGUGUCACGAGGAAUCGGACGAAACCUGGAAGCCGGGCCUGA